UAAAAAAUUUCCAUAUUCUUGAGUGUGUUUUCAGAAAAAGUUUUCAGAACAUUUAUAUGUAUGCACAUUUCUACACUAGUCGUACACAAGAGUAAUGCUUGUAUAUACCAUAAAUACAUUCAAAAAUAAGAUCUCGUAAACUUCAAAAUAAUUUUAUGUAUUUUUCUGAAAAUAAUGUUCCUUCUCUUAAUAUGUCAGGCAUUUGGUGUUGUUUUGCGAGCUCUUAUGUUUAAAAGUGUCUGAAUUCCAAAUGAAUGGCAUCAAUAUUUAACGUAUUAUUUUAACAUAUUUAAAUGAAACAAAUUAAAUAAAUAAUCAUAAACCUCUGGCUGGCUAUGUUACUAUCACUAUUAAUGAAGUUUGACAAAAGUACUGUUUAUUCUAGAAAUCCAACAUUACCAUUGUGUGCUUUGAAAUAUAAAUAAAAUCGCUCACAUAUUUAGAUACCGAUUCUAUUGUAUAUGUAAGCUAUCUCCCCUUAGAAAAGCAAAUAUGUAUAAGCAUUUAUAAAUAAAUUGAUGUGUUUACUCUCCGUAUGAAUGUUAACCUAUCUUUUAAAAAUAUCGUUGUGAAAAUAUGUGAUGUGCUAAUGCGCUGACAAUAAAUAUGUAUCAAUCUUAGUGUCAAACUUAAAAAUGUGUACUCCGAACCACUUUAUAAACAAAAAGAAAGUAUAAAGACCUUUUGGUAUAUAUCUAUACGAUAUCAUCUUUACAUUCUGUGUCAGCCUAAAAUAUGGAAAUUCCAAAAGAAAACGAAGAAUCAGUGAACUGUUUGACGAUAUUGAGAAGUUCCGUGGCGGCCGUAAAAAAAAGGUCAGGGCCGUUGGAUAUGGUACUUGACGAGGUUAACGACGGUACAGUCGCAUCGAAAAUAUGGUCGUUGGCACCAGAAGAUCCACAUUGUCCAGAUGCCAUCAGCAUGCGUAGGCCAGUGAAUUUUGCAAGUAAGCACUUUGAAGAGGCUCCUUCUCCAAAUAAAGUGCGUCGUCGCAGCAUAAAAGACAAGGAAAAAAAACGCGAGCGCUGGCUUCUAACUAGGAAAACCUGGAGAUAUAUGACAGAUGCAGGACGCAAACUAAUUCCCGAUGGUUAUCAAACAGGGUCAGGUAAUCAUGACCUUAUUGAAGAUCAGUUUCAACGGGUGUGUUUAUCUGAACCAAGUUUUAUUUUAUGGAGUCGAAGAAAAUCAUACCCUGGAGCAUUCGGCAGUUCUAAGCGGAGAUUAAAACCAUUGUCGAGGCACGCAAGUGCUAGCCGCAGAAAACACACAGUUGAUGCAACAAAAGAUUAUCAUAUUGCCGAUCGAGUCAUCGAAUUAUUGCAGACGUAUCUUAAUCUUCGUGAUGCAUACAAAAUCACAACAUUACUUGGAACUAAAACGGUUCGGCCAGACCAAACGUCAUCACCUAGUGCACAAAGGCCCAACUUUAAAAACAAGAGUGCCAACCAUCAAGUAAUGUCCUCCGGUACAUCGAUUCAAAGAGAGCUUUUGUCCCAUCUUAAAUUGUUAUCUAAUUGCCCCAUAUUUGCACAUGAGGGAAUUCAAUUUAAGUUUGGCGAUGCAGACAUUCUCGACGACAAAGUUCUUUUGAAAAAAAUCUACAGCGCACUUAAGAAACAACAGCUUCAUCGAACGCUACAUUCCAAUGAUCCGUAUAAAGUUAAUAUUUCGACUUCAUUGUCUUGCCUAUUAAAAAAUGGAAUGCAAUCAUCUAGAGGUAAUACUGAUAGUCAUAGAAGCAAUAAGUUACUACAUGAAAAUUUCCUAUGUCUGAAGAAUUGUGAUACUAAACCAAUUUUAACAAGUCUCAAUAAAGUUCCGCAGGACGUUGAGUUUAAAAACAAAUACCAUUCGAAUGGACAGAGCGUUGAGAGAAUCCUGAAAACCUGUGGAACUCAAACGAAUUUCAUUAAACUUAGCGAGUUAAAAAUUUUGGCGCAGCAGUACAUCUCUAUGGUUACAAAUUGCGAUAAUACCUUGAAUAUAUUAGAAGAGCCUACUAAAAAAAACUGUUUAAAAUCUUCACAUUUAACAUGUAGGAAAAGUUCACUUGACGAAGAUAUUUCUCAGUCAGUUAGCGAUACGAUUAAACGGUAUUUGAGCAUGGCAAGAAAAAAAAGUAUGCAAGAUUCUGACUCAAAUCGAUUUAAAUCUAUUAACUAUGAUAAGAACUUAAGAAAUAUCAAAACAAAGCGCGUAAUAAAUCCACCGGGAAUAAGUGCAGGAUUACACAAGGCUGUACAAACUUUAAAUGCUUGGCCACUCAUAGCUUUGGAUUUUAUACGGGGAAACGAAUGUUCUUUGAAUCUUAAAAACGCUCACGUAGAAUGGUUAAGAUUAGAGGAUGAGCGAAGUCAGAUAAAUUUAGAGUGGGACAAUAAUCCAACAGAAUUAAGAGGUAAAGUGCAUCCUCCACAAAUCGCAAGUCCUGCAAACAGCCAUCCAUAUUCCAAUUGCACUUCUGCACCUACUUCGCCGACUAGUCAUUCAAAGUUAGAAAAGGCUAUAAGGACUUCCAGUGGACUAAUCUCUUCAAGUUCUCAAUUUAUUUUAAAUAUUUUGCACGGACAUAGCAAUGCUGGAGAGCAAUUUAACACAUUUACAAACAAAUUCCUGGAUUCGAAUAAGGGUCAUGCAACGGCAAGUAUGCAGAAGUCAAAAUCGUUAUCUAAUGUGGGCCAAUUUGUAGCAAAACGAAUGUGGCGGAGUCGAUCCAAAAGCCAAAAUAAGCGGAGUUGCUCUAAGAACUCUACACCAACUCUAAAAUGGUAUCCGUCGGAGAAUUAUUUAUGGAUUUCAGAGUCUGGCGAAUCUUUUCAAAUGGUGGAGACAAAUCUAACAAGGCUGUCAAAAACAGAAUCAGAUAUAAUAAAAAGUUUUGCUUUGGAAAAAAUUCAGGAACUAAAUAUUGGGAAUAUUGAAGAUUUGAAGUUAUCGUCACAAAAACGACGCGCUGCGCCAAAAAAAAAAUCAUUGACUACAAGCUUUUUUGAUAAUGGAAAGAAAGAUGAUCAGAAGGCUCGCGCAGUAUUGUUCGGAACUUCUUUGGAAUGUUGCUUAGAAAGAGACAGAAAACGAAACGUUUAUAUAGAAGACCGAUCAAAGUAUUCACUAAUGUCAGUGUUUCGUGGAAGCGGUAGUAGCCCAGGGAGUGUUUUAAAGCUUAAUGAUAAUGUCAGGUCAUGUGAAAGCUUACCAUCAAAGUCCCUUGAAUACGGAAUUACGGACCUUUCUGAAUAUUUUAGAGGCUCCUUUACAAAUAUAUCAAAGCCUUUAGCAUCGCUAUCUCAGUCUGAAAUGGAACACAGUGAAAUUAAUUUCGUUAAAUCCUAUCAAGAACAAUCACAAUUAAUGGUACCAAUGUUCGUAAACAACUGCAUUGAUUACUUAGAAGAGAAUGGGUUACAACAAGUUGGACUCUUUCGGGUAAGCACGUCCAAAAAACGAGUAAAACAAUUGCGGGAGGAAUUCGAUAAAGACAUUAAUCUUGGAAUUUCUGUUGAUACAUGCCCACAUGAUGUAGCCACACUCCUCAAAGAAUUUCUACGUGAUCUUCCGGAACCACUACUUUGCAACACACUCUAUUUAACGUUUUUAAAAACACAACGUAUUCGGAAUCGACGCUUGCAACUAGAGGCUAUUUCACAUUUGAUAAGACUACUUCCCAUACCACACAGAGACACGUUGUAUGUCUUACUAGUAUUUCUAGCUAAAGUGGCAGCACACAGUGAUGAUAUCUGGUCUACUGAUGGAUGUUGUUUAACUCUUGGAAAUAAAAUGGAUAGCAAUAAUCUAGCCACAGUAUUUGCUCCAAAUAUUUUGCGAAGCACUCUUUUGACAUUUUCAAGGGAUAAAGAGAAAGAAAAUAUGACCGAUGCCAUUAAUGUCGUAAGCCUGAAUUUCGCACAACGUCAUUUUCAAGACUUUUUGAAGCCAGUACCCAAACUACUAUCUCGUAAAAGAACCAUGAUAAAUCACUAUGAAGAACUUUUCAAGAUAUCAGCAGAAUUACUGAAUGUUAUUUAUACGCAAGUACUCGAAACUUGCCCCGAAAAGUUAUAUGACUUGAUUUCAACGAAAGUAAAUGGAUCCGAAUGGACCCAACAGAAAAUAGUGGACCCUCAACCAAGCAGUUUAUCAGAUGUCGCUUUCGAACCUCCGAUUCAAGAAAUGCGGAAUGACCAUAUCAAUGAUUUAAAUAACAUUGAUUUAAAAAAUUGGCAAGAUAAGCAAGCAGGUCAUAGUGAUCUGGCGGAAAGCCUUAAUGAAAAUUUAGAGAUUCUCACCGCUAGUCUCAGAAUAUCUGUUCCUGAACAAAGUCACAUAAGUCCCAAAGAGUCUAUAAAAAACCAAGAACCUAAAAUGCCAUACAAAAAGAUUUCUACGGCUAGCCCCCUAGCCAAUAUAUCAGAUGUUGGUGUCAAGACAUUAGGAGCAGUUGACGACGAGCUUGAAAAUAAAAUUAAAAUACCUACAUCUAACAAUUUUUUCGGCAUACAUAAACAGGAUAUACUCAAAAACACAACGUAUAAGCGACAGCACCUAAUUUCAAGCUCAAGACGAAUAAACCAAGAACCAUAGAUAAUGCGUAUUAUAAUCAUUUAUAAAUAUAUUUAACU